AUGAAGCGCGUGCUCUGCUCGAUCAGCAAACCCGCGAAGGUUAGCAAUGCCCCACGAGUCGACCCCUCCGUCCGUCCGUUGAUCUCCCUCGGCGAAGCGACCGAGGGCACCCUCAAGGUGGAAUUCGAGGAAUUCGGCCCACACGUGCGGAAGCACAUGCCGAUCGCGAUCGAGGGGAUGUUCGCCGUAGAUCGCCGGCAUGCGGACUCGUCGGCACGGGAUCUCAAGACGCCCAGGAUGGCAGUUAGGGGCCCGGGCUCGGGCUCGGGUUCGGGCCCUAUGGAAGUCGCUUCGGGCGCUCUGCCGGGUCGCCUAAUGGCCUCGACGAGAGGCACGACGACUGCGGAAAGGCCAUACGCUAGUGGGACCGGCACGCAAACCGAGCUGGGAAACGUCAGCGCCACGGAUUCGAGGAGAAUACAGACCUACGGAAACAGAUUACCUGCUCUCAGUUGGGAUGAAAUCUGUCAUCAACUGUCAUAUACCGAUGAGACAUCCAAAAAUCUGUUCAUAUCUCUCACCGAUGCCGGCGGUGGCCGAGAUGGCCCAAUUGCGAUUGCAGAAGCGAAGCACGGGCCUAUUACGACAAUGAGGCGGUUAAGUUCCAUAUUCGUUCAGGCAGCCCCGCGGCUGACCGUCAGCCGCACCUGCUCAUUCCGUGCUAUUUACUUCCAGGACAGCCGCCUACCGGCGCAUAUACACGAGUACAACUUCGCCCCCCGCUUUGCAUAUAUUUAUCCCCUCUAUCUAUCCAAGCCCAUUCGAUUUUUUACGACUCCUCAAAGCCGGGGCGACGUCACCUAUCCGAUACAGACUACUCUGCAAACCGCCUACCCAGCUCCUAUGAUCGUCGCCGUCGGCCUCAAGCCAUCCCUCCCCAUGGACCAUCCAUUUUCUCGUCACUCGAAUAGUGCAGGCGCACCGUUACCUCGGAUACCUAAGCGCACACCGUCUGCAUCUCGCUCUAUCCAAACGGUGUCGUCGAUUGGCAGCUUGCUCUCGGAGGAGCACCGCGAUCCUUCGACCCCUGUCAAGCCUCCCAGUGCACCCGCGGCGCUCGUCAUAGAACCAUCAACACCGCCUCCCAUGUCGCCUGUUUCCAAACAGCGUCGUGAUAUGCACUCGCAGCCUUCUGCGUCCGGUUCAUCUAGUUCUCAUGACGACUCCCCUAUACAGUUCACCGUCACUCGGCAGCGACGUACGCGCAGUGUCAACGUAUUAGCUCAGUCGAUGCGCCCGCCCGAAGAGUCGACACCUACUCCGUCCCUAUUCCGUGCCAAGUCAUCAGCAGGGCGUGUAGCGUUCCCUUCACGCCCAUUUCCUGUCGAUACUGCUACCUGUGAGGAUACCCCGCGUCCCUCUAUGUUCAGAGGUAGCACAUUGCGGCCUACCACGACUGUCAGCGUCCCUGAGCCGUCUACCGCCGUGCGUCCGGAGCCCGUGGUCCGGUCCGUGUCGGUCAGCAUCCCCUCCGAGGUCUCUUCGCAGCUUGUCCGCAAGAAGUCUGGGGAGCCGCUCAAGUCAUCGCUCAAGUCGCGGCGCAGAGUUGCUCGCGGCGAUUUGUCUGUAGUCACUGCGAACGUAGUGGCCAGCAAAAGCGAGCCCAACACACCCACGCAAUGCAAGUCUGUUCACUUCGACGCGCAGUUGGAGCAUGUCAAGCUGUUCAUCGCAGAACAGAAGCCGCUCGCGGUCUCCCGCGACGGUAGCCCGACGACGGACACGAGUGGGACAGACAGCGACUUCCCUUCCUUCAUAUACGGCCCCGACGAUCGCUCCACGAAGACGCUUGUCAUGGAAGUUGUCAAUAUGCCUGCGACGAUCAACAAGGUCGCUGACGUUGCAAUGGAAGAGCUUGUGCUGUCGACUGACCGCACAUCUGCUAACGGCCGCGUGCGUGUGCGCAACAUUGCUUUCGAGAAGUGGAUCGCAGUACGGUUCACGUUCGACUGGUGGCAGACGACGAGCGAGGUUACCGCGAAGUAUAUGCAGACGGUCGAGGAAGGCAAGUUCGACAUCUUCGUUUUCACUAUCCGACUGAACGACAUGCUCUCGCGGAUCGAGGAGAAGACUCUAUUCAUGGCGAUCCGGUACACGGUUACGGGACAGGAGAUUUGGGACAACAACUUAGGAGAGAACUACCAGAUUAAAUUCUCAAGAACAAAGGCGGAGCUGAAGAAAGCCGAUGAGGUUGAUCCUGCCAUCGCCGGGCUCAAGAGCAAGCUUGAGAAGGUUGCCAUCGGUCGCGAGACUGUCGGCGGCUACCUCGCGCACCAGUCGCGCAAAUCGCCCUCGCCCCGCGGAGACCAGUUUGACCUCCGGUCCGAUACGCCGCUGUCAUCGAGAUACGACUUCUCAGCGUCGUUGAAGCGCCCCUGGAAGGGUGGCUCGCCCGUGUCGCCUACGUCGCAUUCUCGAAACAGCACGUACCCGGAUAACCUGCGGCAUUCCCCGCAGCGCGCAUUGCACAACGCUCCUCUUCAGAGCAAGAUGCUCGUGGAUCCGACGCGCAUGACCCGCGGCUCGCCACGUAUACUCGCUCCUGAUGACGAAGUCACCUCACCGGGUUCCUUCUACGCUGGCUCCGAUUCGGAGGACACGCCUUCGUCGACGCGUGUUGUCUUCUCUCGUUCAGCGGGAAGACAUCACCAGCGCGGCUACCUCGACUCGGGAUUGCCUGUGGUUGGGAGUGCCAGGAAAACACUCCCCGCUGCAUUCCGGGAUGACGCGAUUCCGAGGUACGGCAAUGCAGAUACGCCUCGCGGCCCCUCGUCCACGAAGUUAUUAUUGAUGACUGGUCCGACGUACGGUCCAUGGCCAAUUGAGCGCGGUGGCAGUGACGAGUCGACGCCGUCAAUUACGUCGACAUCUGAAUCAUCACGUUCGUCUUCACCCUCUAGCUCUCCGCUCGACGAUGGCGUCAUUUUCAACUUUUUGGAUGCUCACGCAGAGCGCGUAUCCGACCCGGUCAACGACAAUCUGAACAUGUUCUUAAACAAGUUCUGUUUCUACACAGGCUCUGACUCCCUUCUGGACGUCCAGCCGGACGUUAUCCAGCGUUCGCACUCGGCCUCGAGUGUGGAGGAGUUCCUCUUCUCGCCUAAGCCCAGUUACCACCUCUCUCCUGCACAAACCCCUACCCGUUCCCCCAGUUUCGACGAUGUAGCUUCUAUGAGCGCUACUCCGGUUCUUCCUCUUGCAUAUUGAGCUCGUUUUGUUCCUCAUCUGUCUCCCCAUCACGCACAUUGUCCAGAUUCGGACGCUCCUAGAUACUAUCCCUAUCGACGUGUGGCAGUCAGUGCCCAUGUUCACCCUUAUCUUUAUGAUAACGUCAGACAUGUCCCCCUGUACUAUAGUCACGUUUACUCUUGCAGCACGACUUCGCCGAAAACUCCUUGGUUUAUGUAUGUAGACGGUACAAUUAGCCCACCGUCUACAACAAUACACCAGCGUCACGUUACGAUACACGACCUACUAUAACGACCUACUACAUAUGACAUCUAGUCCACAUUUUCAUCUGUCGCUGUGUCAGGAUAUAGGAUUCUUUGCCGAUAGCUUUGGUGAGCCUGCGUGCGGUUGUCGACUUAGCGGACAAAAGAUUGUCGAUACAGAAUGGUAAAG